AUGUCUGAAUUCCGGUCUGACGUGUCAUCUACGUACUACACAACCGCUCGGCUGGUUGGUGAGCGGUGUACGGACGACAUCAUUAAUAAAAGUCGAGCCAGCUCCGACACGUCGGACAGCAAUCGGUUUAUUAAUACCAGAAUGUGUGUAUUCCAUCAGCGAGGGGCCUGUACCAAGGGUGCUAAUUGCACCUAUGCUCAUAUGGUUGGCAUGUGUGUAGACACUAAGGAUGAGCUAAAGAGGGCCCCGAAUCUGCUUAAGACUCGUCUUUGUCAGGACUGGUUGAAUGGUAGCUGCACUACGACGGAUUGUAAAUUCGCGCAUGGAAGACAGGAGUUGAGGUUCACUCAUGACUACUACAAGACGAAGUUGUGCCACUUCUGGCAACAGGGCGGCUGCACGAAGGGGGACUUGUGCAGACACGCCCACGGCGAAUCGGAGUUGCGGCCUGCACCCGACGAGAUGGGCUGCAUCGCGUCUAGCACGACGCGCACAUCCAGCAACAAUCGCAUGGGCACUGCGAGCGAUGAGGAGGACGACGCGGAGGACCUCAUGAUGGUACCGCACCCCGACAGUCCGGACCAAACACCUACCGCAAUGUCGGUCGCACCCGACACUCCGGCCACACUGCCAGAUGCGGAGGUGGUGCGGCCGGAAAUAGACCUGGGCGAUGUCACUCCCUUCCCGACGACCGCUCCUUUCUCCACGACAUCUCCCCUCCCGAAUAGUGGGGGUGUGGUGGACAGGUCAGGUGGUGUGGACAAGUCUGCUGGAAAGCAGGCCAGCGUAUGUAAGAAAAGAUCGAGCGGCGGCAGGGCAGGUGAGAGGAAGGGCAAGCUGACUUCUGGUAUCAGGGAUAUAGAGGGCAUGCCACCGCCGGAUGAGAAGCCGCCUGAGCGAACGCCCACGGUGACGUUCUGUGUUAGUUCCUCGUCCUUUGCGGCGAUGUUGCCUUCCAAAAAGUCCCGCGGCACAAGUGCCCAUCCCACUGGUCAUAUUAGAACGAGUGGAAAUGAAGCCGGAAGUCAAAGUAGUACGACGUCGUCGAUGAGUCUGUCCAAAAAAUCCGAUGUCGCUGGCGACCGCAUAGCCUCUGGGGGAGACAAUGCUUCGUUGAGAUCCGGACCUCAUAAGAAGGACAAACGAGAGUUCAAUCUAAAAGAGGAUAAGUGGGCGACCAAAGGUCACCCAUCACUCAAACAGAGCAAGGGACAGAACAAAGGGCAUCCUAGUGUCCGAGCGCAUGAUGACUACCUACACGCCGACGGAGGGGAGAUCGUCUACUUAAACAAUCAUAUGAUGAGCAAGGACUCAAACAAUCGCACGAAUAAACCCGUGAGUCACCAGAUGACCGCUGCCCUUCGGGGAGGACCGUUUGCUGCUCACGCAGGGGAGACUCCGCAGCGGGGGGCUCCACAACGCGGGGGGCCUGCCCCACGUGAUGCAGGUGGGGAUUCAUCUGACCGCAGGAUCGCCUACUUGGAAGCGCUUAGGCUUGCUGAGGUUGCUCGAGACUUGGCGAAAAAGUCAAGCGAGCUUUUGCAGCAAGCCACGGGUGGCGAGUGGGACUCUACGGCGGUGGGUUCUCCGUUAUACGUGAACGCGUCCCAGUCGACCAGUACGUCUCAGUCGACUAACAUGUCCCAGUCUCAAUCUCACAAUCUGGCGGAUGUGCAACCGUUCCUCGACGGUGUCGGGUAUCCAACAUCCGCUGCUUCGGGUACUUUAGAUUUGCAGUCGUUAAUGCAGAACUGCUCGGCAGCAGCAUUACAAACCAGUGGGUCGUCGCCGUCUAGGUCGUCGCCGUCUAGGUCGUCGCCGUCUAGGUCGUCGCCGUCUAGGUCGUCGCCGUCUGGGUCGUCGCCGUCUGGGUCGUCGCCGUUUGCGUCACCUCCUGCUGCUAGGUCGCCGACCUCGAGAUCUACGGGAUCGUUUGGGAAGAAGCCUCACGGUGGACGGACACCGGGGCAAUCCGUUUUGCCAAGACCCCCUGCGCCGCGAACGGGAUCUGCUUCGCAAGCGGAGAACGCCGCAACUGACGGCUACGGGUUUGUGCCCGUGCUAGAAGACGCAAUGAUACCAGUAGGUUCUUUCGGUGGAAGUUCGUUCGGCGGAACACCGUUAGAUGGUGUGGAUCCAAGACCGUUAGGCGCUAGACCGUUAGGCCAGCAUCGGUAUAGCGCGUUUGUACCGAACUUCAAACAACAGCAAAUGUGGGAACAAAGAAAUUCCGCGCCUGAAUGCGACUUAGAUCGCUUGGCUGCGAAACUCAACGAAUUCCUUAUCAACGAGGGGGAGACACCACUCUACGAAGAUACUCUAAAAUAA